CGAGUUUCGGCCAAGGCGUUCUUAGGAACGAAGGAAAAAUUGAACAUAUGGAAACUACAAAAUAUCGUUUGACGAUGUUCAUGAUAUUGUGUCUACCUUUCAUAGAUGGAAGGAUGUAGCUGAACUUUUCCAGACAUUGAUGGAUCCAACACCAGCGCAGAAAUCGCGGAGAGGCGAGAAAACCUCCAGCCGGCCAUUCUAUGCGACCGACGGGCAAACGAGUGCAAAUAUUAUCUCUGAGGCUAGAUCUUCCCUUCGUCCUUUGGACACGAAAAGGCCCUUUACACCAGUAGAAUCCAAUAGAACAUUAUUCAGAGGAAGUGCUGUGAAGCCUUACGAAGGAAGGCCGCCGUCUGCAUUCAGGUAAUCGUGCUUCAUUCUUUUUGACAGCACUUCAUCACCGACUAGCUUACGAAUGUUUAUUUUUGGGACAGAACUGUUUGCAAAUGUAGAUUGUUAUUCUUGCUGAUUAUAGUUUUGUUUAUUGUAAAUAUAGUAAAUUGAAAAGUCAGAAUAUGCUUUAAUGAGGUCUUUGGAUGUUAAUGGCUGAUAUUUGACCGCAAAAUUCGAAUUCUGUAGUUGUUUUCGAAUAUGCACAAACAUUAUGACCUGUUCUCGAUUCUUGAGAGCAAACAGUUCAAAAGUAACCACGCUUUGCACACAGGUGUUUAAGUCGUUGACGGAAAUUAAUUUGUGUGCCUUAGGAAGGUGCAAAAAAUGCUCUUUUACCCUGUAUUAACUUAAACAUCAACAAAAGACCUGAUCAAAGAGUAUGAAACUGUCUAGAAAUUUGUGGGACAGUUAGAACCAUAGGGUAAUUCUCUACAUGCAAAAGUAAACAAUUUAUUAUUAAGGAUAUCAGGGUUAAAGGUCAUUCCUCUGAAAUCUGAAUUGAACUAGGAUGAUUAUAAUACCUUUAGUUAAUAACAGUUCCCAGUUGUUAGGUGGUGAACAUGGUUACCAGUUGCAUAAAAACACUGUCCUUCAGCCAAGUAUUGAAACGAACAUCUCUACACCUGUGAGAUUCUGAUUUAUUGGUUUGAUUAAGUAUUAUCCAACCCCAGAACAACGUAGACCAGGGUUCAACUAUUUCAAUCUCAGGAGGGAUCAAAAGUUAAUUUCUCAUUUCAAUAGUAAUAUAUUGUUCAGCAAAAAAGUUAAGAGGAAAGAAAAAUAUAAAACUAUUAGAUAUCGAUUGACCUAACACUAAAUUCUCAUAGUUAAAAUAAUGUGAAAAGGAGUGUCAAUAUUGAGAUGUAGGUAAGUGUAUCAAAUAGUUGUAUGGGAACUUAAGGGUCAUUUGAUAAGAUUAAGUAUUCUCAUUAUGUGUUUGCUGGAUAAUGUGUAGAUAUUAUAGUGAGAAGUUACAUGUUAAUCACUUCCAAGAGUUUAAGGGUUGCAUGUGGUAGCACCUGGUUUAUACUCAGCAAUUUGUACAAUAAGAUCAUGAUGAUAUAUAUUCAUGAGGGUUGCUAAAUUCAUUUCAGAUAAUUGUGUUUAUUCUUCACUCCAUUUACAUGUAUGCCAUUGGUAGUACAUUACUGGUUAACCAAAAAAGUGUAAAGAAAGAGGUUAUUUAAUUUAAAGAACCUGUGAUCAAGAAAUGACAAUGUAGCUCUUGAGUAAGGAAGGACAGAAAAAUUCAGCCAUUUUUAAAUGUGCAGAUAAUUUUAAUAUUCUAAAGAAAGCAGUUGGAAUGAGCACAAUGCAAAACCAACAAAUGAAAUGUUGAAGCUUCAAUCUUUCAAGUUAUUGAUUUUAAGAAAUAAAACCAUUUUAAGCCACUGCAAACUUCCUUCUUACAGCUUAGGUAGCUACCAGUCUGAAGGAGAAUCCUCGCGUCCUCCAUCAGGGAGGAGGUUAACUCCUAUAGAUGAUGCUCCACAGCUUCCAGGGCCACCAGUUCCCUCCCCGCCCUCUGGUGUGGUGAGUAGACCAUGCACAUAAUUUUUAUAAUUUUCAUGUCUGUCUUCCAUUGCACAAGAGAAAGUAGGACAGUUAAAAAUAACAGCACUCCUCCAAGACAUUCUAGCUAGGGAUCUAGGUUUGCAAUAUCUGUGAAGGUUUGAUUACUUUUAAGCUGUAUUGUAAUAGAAACUAUUUCUUUUAGCCCAUGGGUAAAUCCAGAAGACCCCUAAGAUCAUCUUUGUCAGGUCCUGGUGAAGACCUAAAUGCUGAAAAACUCAGCCAGAAGCUUCGUAAAGCUGCACUAGGACAAGGCACAGAUGCAAGAGCAGAACUUUCUCCAUCUCCUCCAAAAAGAGGGUCUUUUUCUGGCACUCCGCCUCAUAUGGGUGAGCCUCUGAGGCGUACCUCAUCAGAAAUAUUCCCUACCCCACCAACAGUGUCAAAAGAUAUGGUUAGUUCAAGAAGAGUUAGAAGUGGACCAAAAGAACGCUGCUCUCCUGUUAUUGAUUCUGUCACUCGUGUGAAAAGUGGUCCUUUGGAGCGAGGUGAUCCUACUGGGAUUGGAAAUGAACAAGUUGAUGCUCAGAGUUGUUCAUCUUCAGAGCGAAGGAAAAAAUCAGCAGAGAGGAGUGGUAGUGGUGAUAAAAGGAGGAAAAAAUCUCAAGCAGAUGAUGAUAAACCAAAAGAUGAACUUGUCUCUUACUAUGAAGAGAAUGUCAAGCCACUUCUCACUCAAAUGGAGGAAAGGUUUGCGGAGAAAAAUAUGAAAGAACUCUGUCAAGACUGUUUAAAAUUAUGGAAUGCAUUAGAAAAGAAAGGCCUAAUUGGAAAGGCCAGUGGAAGUUUUUCUGCAAGAAGAAGAGGAGAAAUUUUACGGACAGUUUUUAAGUUCUUGGAUCUCAGUGACCCAAGGUUGCUUUUAAGACUUGGCAGGUUAAUUCUUGCGGUGAGUGAUUUAAUGAUUAUAUCAUUCAAUGCGAUGCUGAAAAUUUAAUCACAGACUGUAUGCCGCAAUCUUUAUCCCCCUUAAUGUUCACCUUGCUGGACUUCAGAUCAUGAUUUUUGGUUUGAAGUUGUAGGCUGCUCAUGGUGUGCUUGGGUUAAAGCCUAUUUGCCCUUACAGUGCCUAUCUCCACCUAUGGGUAUUCAGUAAAGUGUCACAGACUCACAGAGAGUUGAUGAAAUACUGGUGGACAUGGUGACAUUUACAAAUACUCUUAACCAGAUGAUACAUUGUGUUUUUCUCGGUUUAAAUCUCACUGUAAACAACUGGUUUUAUCUCCCUCACAAACGGUUUCUUGCUCUUGCAAUUCUUGCAUAUGGUCAAGUCCAUAUAUGCAAGUAACUCAUGCACAGUCCUCCCCACAAGGGAGGGGUGAACUGAAAACUCUUGCACAUGUGGUUAGUGGUACCUGGGAUGGGCUAGCACCCUACCCAUUAAUCAAAUUUUUUAUCCCAAUGUGUGACUAGCAUAUAUUGUAUGUAAUUCCUCCUCAUAGUGUCAGCCUUGAACUGAAUAUUAACCCUUCAACUCCCAAGAUCUGAUUGUCAAUUCUCCUCUCUAGCUGUUAGACUUUUCCUAGUAAAUUAGUGAUGAGAAUUUGGUGUUAGAUCAAGAUGACAACUUUGACAUGAUAAGUUUAAGUAUUCUCAUCACCUGUUUACUGGAUAAUGUGUAUAGAUUAUAAGGAGAAAUUGCAUGUAAAUCACUUCUGGGAGUCAAAGGGUUAAGAUCACGAGAAGAAAGGAAAUGAUGGCCAAAUAAAAAAAUUCUUGAUUUUUUCAUGAGAAAUUCUUCUUGUUAAUACAAUAGGAAAUUUAUAGAGAACAGUAUGGAGAAUAUGCAUACUGAUGUUAGAGUGUAAAGGGUUAAGUUCUGGCUGGAUGAGGCUUCUGCUUUGAGAUUUUGAUGAAAUAACCUUGUCAUUUUUUUUUUUCAACUUUUCUUGAUUUUCUUUCAUUGCAGAUGAAGGUGACUGGUAACAAUUUAACCAAUGUUUGUAUGGUGGUUUACAAAGUGGCAAAAACAGAGAAAAAUGAUCAGUUAUUUCUGGAAGAAGACAUUUUAAGUAAGAUGAGAACCUUUUAUUUGGUUGUUUAUAGAAUGGUUGUUGAGCCCAGUGUAAUUUUAUUUCCAUUGUGCAAUUUAAAUAUCUGUAAGAACUUGUAGUGGUUAAAAUUCUGGGCACAAGCUUCUGCUGUUUUGUUUUUGGGAUUGCCCACUCAUAUCCAGUGCAAGAAAAAAUUAGUUUAUAAUUUUUGAACAAUGUUGGUGAUAAAGUUUAAAAAAAGUAAUAGAAGACAGUUAAAACAAAGAAAACAUGAACUACUCUGGUAAGUUUAUUGUGCUACAAAAGCAGUAGGCUUUCUUCCCAGCUCUCAAAAUAAAAAGGUAAUUCUUGAUUCUUAUCAUUGAAGACAUUUUUGCUACACACUGAAUCCUUUAUUGAACAAGCCUGUUAGGUUAGGAUGGCUGGAUAUUUGCCUCAUUUGCUUUUUUUCUUGUGUUUUUAUAGACUGAGACAAAGUUUAGGUCCAUAAAAAUGCAAAAAAGAACUUGGCUUAUAUCCAGCCAUCUUGACCUUCCACUUGCUCAAUAAUGCAUAUGUAUCAGAUAAACCAGUUGAGUAUAUUAAGUACUGGCAGCUGUGCAACUUAUUUUUUUGCAGAAAAUAUUAAAAGUUAACAGAAUUUUCUUUGUAUUCUUUUUCCAGAGAGUCUGGUAGACACUGUGAAAAGCUGUGAAAUAGGAAAUCACCAUGAUGCAUUAGUUUACACUGCUGGAGCUAUUAAACAUCUUUCAAGCAAUAAUCACACAGUUCAAAAGGAGUUAGUCUCUCUGGAUGGCAUUGAGGGUUUAGCACAAAUUCUUGACACUAUAAGUAAAGAUGUAAGUUUGCCAGGUGAUCUUGGUGAUUUUGAUAAAAAUUCCUCAGCAUUUCAUCAGUGGUAGUGUCUUCCUUUCUUCUUAGUACUUUUUGAUAUGGUAAAUUUAAUGUACUGAUAGUGUCUUUUAGAACCCUCUUUUUAAUGCCUUCACAAGUGACUAAGACAGAAUUUCUCCUUACAAUAUCAAUACAAUAUCAAGCAGGUAGGAGAUGAGAAUAGAGAAGAAUAUAAAUUAUGGGAUUAUUAGUUGAUCCAAUACCAAAUUCUCUGAACUAACAUCAUAAGAAUUGUAUGGCAGAUAGUAAGGAGAAUUACUAAUAAGAUCUUGGGAGUGAAAGGGUUAAUCCUUUAAACCCUAAGAGUGACCAACAUCUAAUUUCUCCCUACAGUAACGCAUUAAUUGAAAUCACAAGAAUAAAGGAAAUGAUCACCUAGCUAAGAUGUUGUCAUUGUUAAAAAAAUUCUACUUGUCAGUACCAAAAGAAAUGUUAAGAGCAGAGUUUGGAGAAUUUAAAUACCUUGAUGUAAAGGUAUAAAGGGUUAUCACUGACAAUCCUUAUUGGCCAUUCUGAGAAUCAUACAUCUAUACAUUCCUUUAAGAGACAGUUUUCUCUUUAUUAAAUAGUAGGUGGAAGCUAGUCUUCUGUCUCUAUAAUUAUGUUACCAUCACUAAGCUCACAUUACUGUGCAUCAUUGUCUCAUGUAAUUUGAGAAAUGAAACAGAAUUUGAUGUGGUGUCUGAUUUUUGUUUUGUGACAGGUGUUAAUGACCAUGAAAGGGAAUUCACAGUUUGCCAGUUUGCUGGUUCAGGUAUUUUUAAAGAUUAUUCUUAGUAUUUUAUUAUUGACAUUUGUUUUUAUUGCAGCUUAUAGUUUGAAUUAACACUUUAACUUCAGAAGGGAUGAACAUCUAACUUCUCCUGCAAUAUCCAUACAUUAUCCAGCAAACAGGUAAUGAGAAUACUCAAACAUGUCAAGUAGAAGUUGAAGUCUUGAUCUAACACCAAAUUCUCAUCACUAAUUUAAAAGGAAAUAUGUAAUAGCUGGAGGGGAGAAUUGACUAUCAGAUCUUGGGAGUUAAAGGGUUAACAGCAUAUUUGAGAUCUUGGUUUGAGAUACUGACAGAAACACUUUCUGCCUACUCUACAGUCAAUCCAAACUUGGUUAAAAUACCUCUGACCAAAUGUUGGGGCUUCUCUACAGGUAACUGGAGCACUAAGGAACCUUGCUGAUGUCUCUGGGGCCAGAGAGCUGUUUGUUAGCACAUGUGUAGUUAGAAACUUGGCAAUAGUUUUGGGACCAUAUUCAUCUGACAGUGAAGUGGUGUGGAAUGUAUGCCGUGCAUUGAGGUGAGGUUGCAAUUGCUACAAAUGUGUGAUACAGAUGGUGACCUGUGGUUCUGACUGGCUUUUUCACAAAAUACUUUUCAAACUACUACACAAACCUGUAUUUAUUUAGUACACUCUUCUUAACCCUUUUCACCUUUACAUCAGCAUGCAUAUUCUCCAUACUGUUCUCUGUACAUGCUGACAAGGAGAGUUUGUUCAACAAUCAAGAGUUUCUUUAGUUGGUAAUCAUCUCCUUUUUCUUGUGACCUUAGUUUGCAAUUUGGGGUGGUUAUUAUAAGGAAAAAUUAAAGCUAGUCACUCCUAAGGGCCACUGGGUUAACUUGCAAAAGUUUCUUUUAAAGCAAAUAGCUAUUAGCUGAUGUUGAACACUUACAUAUCCAAGAAGAUUUACAAGUCAUUCAAGUUCCUUUUGUACCUAGGCAGGAAUUGCUUUCAUUGUAUGUCAGCAAUUUUUUAGCUCAUGUAAGAGUCAUGUUGGCUAUGAAUUCUAAAUUUAUUUCAUAGGCUAAUGUCAGUUAUUUAUUUUAUCUAUAGUAAACUAACACUGUACACAGAAUGCUGCAGUGAAUUGGUCGACUCAAUUGCUUGGCUUCCAGCACUGAGCAAGAUCCUAUCAGCCUAUGAAAAGAAACAGGUAAAAGGCUCUUUGUUUAACCCUUAACCUCCCAUGAGUGACCAAGAGAGAAUUUCUCCUUACAAUAUCAAUACAAUAUCAAGCAUAGAAGUGACGAGAAUAAAGUAAAAUAUCAAUUAGGGGAUUAUAGUUGAUCCAAUACCAAAUUCUCCAAAUUGACACCAUAAGAAUUGUAUGGCAGACAGUAAGGAGAAUUACUAAUAAGAUCUGGGGAGUUAAGGGGUUAAGUGUCUCUACAAUGAGAAAAUGCAAAAUAUGUUACGCAUACUAGUACUUAAAAUUGAACUUGCAGUUGAAUAACAGAGUACUUCUUUUUCUCUCUUGGACCAGCACAGAUACUCUUGCAGAGGAAAUGAUGUACAUACAGUACUGAACGAACAAUAACUUUAUUCUUAUUUUGUCCUGAAAUUUGCAGGAAUUGGUGGUCCGGGUCUGUUUCAUUCUUGGUAACUUAACAUCUAAGAGUGAGAAAGUCAGAGAAGCCAUUUUCUUUGAUGAAGCAUUUAUGGCUGUGUUACUCUCUGUCAUGCAGUCAUACUUCAACCUUGAGCUGGAGGUGUGGAAUUUGUAAUUUUAGUUACUUGUACUUUUACUGUAAUUUGUAUUAUAGACCAGUUUUCAGUUGAGAGUCAAAACCGAAACUGGUGAAAAGUCAUCCGAGUGACCAAUCAGAACAUAAGCCAAUGAGAACUCAAAGUGAAAACAUGUCAAAUAAACUUCCUGAAUUACAGAAAAGUGCUAUUGUUUUUUGUUUAGCAUCUGAUUGGCUAAGAAGAUAAGACAAGUUUUCUGGACCAAUCAAAGUACAAAGUACAAUCUUGAAUUACUUUUGUCACUUUGUUGAAAAUUGCUCUACUGAAACAAGAUGGUGUGUUUUGCACCAUGAAAUUCAGUUUGAGACUAAACAUAUAUUGGACCUUGAUGUUGAGUUUCUCGCUUUCUUGCAUGCGAUCAGUAGACUGCCUGCUUAGGUCAUUGAUCAAUAAUGGGUUAGUGCAUGUACUUAAUUAAUUUCAAUUGUUACAAGGUGCUGAAAAAUGGGCCCACAGCUGACGAAAAAUUGAUUAAUGGCGAAAACAAAGGUCUUAACAAGAAUGAAGAUGUGCUGAUCAAGGUAAGUGUUCUGAAUCAUAUCACAGUCAGAGUAAGGUGAUUGAAGAAAGAUGUCACAAAUCUUGGUUGGGACUUGUAGCUCAACUGCAUGUUACACUUCUUAGCAGAAAAGGAAAUAGUGAAAUUUUGUGGUUUUUUUUUAAUUUUUGCUACCUAGCAGGCAUGGGCAUACAAUCAACUUUUGUGGAGUUAUUAAACUCCUUAAGUUUGAAGGGAAUAUCUUAAUUUUUGUGAGGGGAGAAAACUCAUGCCUUGUGACAGGUUUUUGUUUUGUUUUGUUUCAAUUUACAGAAUAUUCCAUGGAGUAAACAAAGACAUUAUAUGUGGAGAGUUCAAAUUUUUGUUGCUAUUUCUCUGACUGCAAAUUGCAAUGUACACAUAAGAGAGGUCUUUUCAAGUAGUAGUGUAUCAUUAUCCAAUUAAUGCAUACUGCAAAGUUCAUAAUAUUUUUUUGCACACAAUGUCAUCUUAUUGAACCAAAUUCAACUUUCAGGCUAUCAGAGUAAUUGCCAACUUAUCAAUCAAUGCAGAGGCUGGUGCAGGGAUUGCUGCUAAUGAAGCAUUAGUUGACCUUUUAAUCCAGAUUCUUGGUGAGUUCACUCAAUGGAGAAAAGGUAUAACCUUUAAUCAUGCCAACCCCUUUUUCAUCAGGUGUUUGUCAAUAGGAGUAUCUCUUACUUUCUUUGGAUCUUUACAGAUGUAAAGGAUGCACUUGUCAGCGAAGAACUUGUUCUGAACACAGUAUCAACUCUGAACAAUCUGUCUUACUACAAUAGUGCUGAAAGUGUUGUACAGCAGAGACAAGUUGAAAUCACAGAGAGUAAGUUAACUAUUUGAAAUACAAGUAUAAUUUGGUCUAAUAUCAACCAUGUUGAAAGUAGAAAUUGGCUAUUGUAAAGAGUGUCUAAAUCUGACUUUGAGUGUUAGCCCAUCAUCAAAGCAAAUUAUUCAUCCAGAUGAAGGGCUAAUGCUUGAAAUGUCAUCUUAAGAAACUUUGAAUAUGAAAGUGAUCUUUGCAGUUAUGAACACUAUUUAAGCAGUAGUGAAAAGAAGGCCUGAAAAAAAUUCAGGCCUGUACGGGAUUUGAACCCAUGACCUCUGUGAUACUGUACAGUGCUCUACCAAAUGAGCUUACAAGCCAACUGGAAGCUGGUGAAGAUCGCUUUCGUAUUCAUGUCUUUAUCUGCAGUUAAAAUAUAUGACUUUCAUAUAUUCACAGCUGUUUAUUAGAAACUUUUUAGGGUGGCUAGUUACCUUUAUCAACUCAGUUGACAAAUUCAAAUUAUCUUAUAGUCCCCUCCCCCAACAGAUGCAACACCACGUUCCUUUAGAAAUGCACCCCCUUAACUUAUUUUUGAAAUCAUCAAAAGUUACAGAAUAGUGGCAGUUAAAGUUAAGAAAAUCAUUUGUGCUGUGUGGAUUGGAUUCAAACAAGCAAAUAUGGUUUUGUUCUAUUCCUUUUUUUAUGUGGUCUGUGCUUUUGUUGAGAGUGCCUUAACCCUCUAACUCCCAAGAUAUCAUUAGUAAUUCUCCUUUCUGUCUGCCAUACAACUCAUAGGAUGUUAGUUUGGAGAAUUUGAAAUUGGAUGAACCAGUAAUCCCCAAUUGAUAUUUUUUUUUCUUACUACUUACAAGUCUACUUAAAAAUAUUUUACCAGUAGUGUAGGGAGAAAUUCUGUCUAGGUCACUAGUGGAACUUAAAGGGUUAAAACUAUGUAGUUCUAGGUCUCGUGUAGUUGAUGUUUAUGUAUGAUAUAUAAUUUUCUUGCAUUGUUUUAAAAUCUCUCUCUCUCUCUCUCUCACUCUGUGGUAGUGCUAAUUUCGUUGUUAAUGCCGGAGAACAUGGAUGCAAUGGUGGAAGCAACUCGUGUGUUCGGGAACUUUUCUAGAACAAAAGAAGUGAGAACUUUAUUGGCAGAGCAAAAAGGUAAAAGUUGACAUCUUAUUUUACUCAAGUAUGACAGAGAUUUUUGACCUUUCUGUCCUCAUUAGUUGUUGAAGUUUUACAGAUCACUCUCUGAGUUUACACUUUUCACCACCUUUGACUAUUUAGUUGAUGAAAUCAUGAUUGCUCUAUUGGAUGCUGGCGAGAGGGAAACAGUGUUCACAGCCUGCGGUGUGCUAAUUAACCUGAUGAUUGAUGAGAAUAUCAAACCAAAGCUGAAAGAGGAAGAUGGAAUUAAAAAGUAAGUUGUUGUUCAAUUUAGAGUCUUUUCCUAAUUGCAGUCAUGUUGUGGCAUCCUUUAAAAUUUUUCAUAACCUGACUAAUACAAGGAUAACCUGUUUUUACCUCUCAGACUGGUUGAUGUGUUGCGUGACUUUGGUAAACAUGAUUGGCAGUUGUCAAGUAUGGUGUGCCAGAUCCUGUGGAACUAUAGGUAGGUCCAUUAGUACCAUUCAUACUUUUUAAUAGUAAUAAUAGAAGCAAAACCUGAAAUUUUAUUUGCUUUGUUUUUCACAACUGAGCUUGUGAUGACCAAGAAAGUAAAGAAUACAGUUUUUAAUAUUUUAUUACUUUUUUUUCUUCUCAUUUCAAAGUGACAAGAUAACCAGCUCAUCAGAAACAUUUGGUGACCAGGAAGCACUAGAAUUAAUGGAUAUUCUCGCACAAUAUUUAGGUAAGGAUUGUGAAUUUUAUAAGACAGUAUGGGAGUUAAUUUUUCAGAGAUGCAGUGGUGUAAUAGUUACUAGGCUGAACUCUGAGGAGGAGGUCUGAGGUUCAAGACCUUGUGGCAUCGUUGAGUUGUGUUCUUGGGUGAAAAACCUUUACUUUCUCAGUGCUUCUCUCCAUCCAGGGGUAUACUGUGAGGGAGGAGUAAUAAUACUCCUGGUCACUACAUGUAAUGAAAACCAGGAUAAGCUCAGGUUGGGCCACUUAGCUUGAGUACAAACUUAUACAGUUUACUGUAAUGUUGAACAUACAAAGAUGUAAUGAAGGUUAGGAUCUUUUGAGAACAAAUUUGAGUGUGACAGAUGACAAAUUAAAACACAAGUUAAGUAAUCACCAAUGAGAUCAAUUCUGUUUUGUUGAACUGUUUUUCAGAUGAGGAUAUUGCUCUUGAUUCAAGUGAAUUAGAUGCUGUGGAAUCAAACCUUCCAGACAUGUUAAGAGAAAUGUGGGAAAGCCAGUUUGUCCCUGUGGGGCAGCACCUGCUUCACAGAGUUAAGUCGCACCAUACAGACCUUGUUCCGCUGGAGUUGCCUAGUAGUUAACAAGCAUGAUGCUCACACCAGUCUUGUAGACAAAGACUGGGAUCAACAUGCUUUAAACUAAAUUUUAGACUGGUAACUGUGAAGUAGUUGUAUCAUUCAACGACAAAAACCAUCCGCUUGCUUACAAAUUUUUUAUUGCAUUAACACGGCUAUACUGAAGGAAAUAGUUACAGUAUACAUGUGGAUCUCUACCUUCAAACCAGUCUUAUUCACAGAUGGUGUGUAUAGUAAUAUCAUUCAAGAAUGACAAUGCAUCACAUUGUCCUCAAUUUCAUCCCAUACAAAAUGUUAUAAAUACAUAACAACCUUUCAUAUAACUAUCAGUCCUUGUGUGAAAAUAUUGGGGGCAUACCAAGACAUAUAUGUAAGUUUUCUGCCUGUCAACAUUAUGAUUUUAACUUAUUUCUUGCGUGGAUUGACAGGGAAUAGCAAGGAGAGACAUUCCUUUGUGGGAAAUUGGAUUCUGAUUUCCCCCAAGAAGUCCUACGAAGCUUUUUGUUUGUCUAGUUUAUUGAAUAAGGUUACCAAAGGACAUAGUAGCCAUAGAAGACAGCCCAUUUCUCAAAUUUAAUUUAUAAACUUGCAUCUCUGUACGAAAGAGCUCCUAUUUUGUUAAUUAAGAUUUUCACUGGACAACUUGUAAAAAGAGUAUUGAAAAGGACUUCAUAAAGUUCUCCUUGUGUGGUUUUAUGUAAACUCAGAAACAAUUUUAUUUAUUAUCUUUAGAACAGUGUGAAAAAGAGAGAAUUUUAAAUAAAAAAAUAAAUAAAGAGAUCAAAUGCCGUUUUUGCUGUUGGGCCAUACUAUGUAACUCCUCAUUUUUUUAACUCCUUAUUUUUGAAUUUUUUCUCAAGACUUCCCUGUGCUACACUAGUUAUCAAUUGUGAAUUCAAUUUUACUACAAAAGUGAAGUCCCUGAAUCUUUAAUUUAAUUCAUGUUGCUGUAUUCUAAGAGAAGUUUCUGGGGUAACAGUUCAUCUGUUACCUUGUAAAGUUUUUAUUUUUGCAUUUUUGUUGUCAUGUUUAGUGAGGACAACCUACAGAGUGAAGCAUUUCGUCUUGAAACAAAAUUGUAAAGCGAGAUCUUGUUUGUUCACAAGAGGAUGUUUCAAAGCUUUCGCCAACACCUCAUAAUUAGACUGUGAUCCUCCCUUAUGUAACCACCUCACAAGCAUUUGAUAGCACUGUUCAAAGCUGUCAGGAUGAUCUAUUGUGAGCUGAGCCAGUUCUGUUUCAUUAAAUCCUAACACUUCUGCCAAUUCCAUCCAGCUGGAUGACAUCGCAUGGCUAAUGUGAAGCAAGUCAUCUGUCUCAGGAAUCCCUGUCUUAAUUUGUAGACUGGUAGUCAUUGCAUGACAGUGAUGAAAACUGACCUAAAGAAAACAUGAUCACUCAGUAAUCUUGCAAAACUCCAUUACAGGUCCUUUUAUGUGAUAGUGGUGGAGUACCUGACUAUACACAAGAACCGCUGGCUCCGAUCCUUUGGUAAAAGGAAGGAAGUAAACGGAAGAGCAUUUGCCUACUGGGAGGGUGCGGAGAUUUACAAGAGAGUUUUUAAAUAAGGAUCCCACCCUUUCCAAAUCCCCGCUUGUCGUCCCCCCCAAAAAAUCGAAAGAAAUAAAUCAGAUGCGAGAAUCCCACGAUAAGCCUUUUAAAUGAUGCAUGCUUGAUGAUAGAUGGGAAAUCUCCGUCCAGGGUAGAGAAUCAGAGGCGAAAACAUUCAGAGAACAGGAAAUUCAGCCGUCAUAUAUUUUAAGUGAAAGGCGAAAGUUUUGACGUAAUUUCAGUAUAUCCUGGAUUAAAUGUUACUGUAUAAAUAUUUCUCACCAAAAACUACAACAGAAGGUCAACACUCGACAACAAUCAGCAGAGCUUUCAGGGCCACAUCUCACGUUGACCACAUCACAUCACAGUCUGUUUUCAGUUUUCUCGCAAUAAAAAUUGCGCGUCAACAGAUUGUGUAGGAAUUAUGUGGGGAUAGGGGAGGGUUGUUACUGCUUUUUGUCUUAGAACGAAUGCACAUCAAAGACAACAUUUUUUUUAAUUUCUCCUUCUAUAUUAUAAUAUAAAAAUAUUCAGUUGCUUGUCUUGAAAACUUUAUUUUUAUCAUGAAAAGGCCCGCAAUUGAUUCCUUAUACGAAUGUUCUUAUGAAUACGAACCCUACCCUACACAGUUAAGCCUCUUUGCCCACGGUUCGCGCACAAAACAAUCAGCGGUUGUUCUGUUGCUACGGCGUGAGAAGACCUAUUAAUUUGCGUCGAAAUGACUAACAAUUUAUCACAAAGUCAGGAUAGAUUUCCCUGGAAAUGCUCAGAAUGAUAUUCAACUCUGAUUAGCUAGUGCGAUAGAGGUAAAAAUAUUAAUCAUGUCUGACAAACUGAGUCGUCAAGAUACCCUCUGGAUUCUGCGCAAAACUGAUUUACCAGGUGACAAAGUUAUUCCACAUAAUUGUUUUUGUGCAUAAUUUCCAACUUCUUGUUUAUUCUUGCCUUGUUAAAUAAAUACUAAAGGUAAUUUUAAAUUGUAAUUUCCAUAAAGUAAGAAAUGACAACAAGAAAACUUAGCUGUCUUUUACAAUUUUAAUGAGGUAGGCUUAUAAGGUGAGUGCCUUGAAGUAAGCUUUCACACUUCUGCUUUCAACUUGAGUUAAGCAACUUUCUUAAAUUCAACUCAUUGCAGGAUCUACAUCUAGAGACGUAAAGUUUGCUUUGGCAACAAAAGCGGAAAGAUGGGUAAGUUUGUUAUCUAAAUAGAUAAAGUCUGAAAUAAAAAGUUGCGAGCCUUGAUUAGAGCCAUAAACUGUACGUUGUUUCAGUUUGAAGAUCGAUUCAGGAAAAUUCAGGACUUCAUUGAAAACAUUGAUCCAAUAAAUUGCUGAAAAAUCCAUUAUACAAAUGUUUUACUAUAACUGAGUAAGGGUGGAUAUUCUUACGACAUCCAAUAAUAUACUCAUAUAUCCCUAGAUAGAUGUUAAAAAAUAUUUGAUACGAAUUCUUUUUCGUCUUUUACCCCCACGAGGAAUCUUUGAUCACCACCACAGUGUACAUGCAAAGCUGUAUUUUGUUUCAUUAGUAGAAUUGUGAUGUCCUGUGUAGCUUAGGAGAACCCAUGAUUUUGAAACCUCAAAACCAAAAGUUGAUUUAUUUUAAACUUUCUGGUACCUGGAUUGCUGUUAUAUUCAAUAUUUAUAUUUACUGCCAAAUGAUAAAUUGAUUAUGAUAGGUUAUAGGCAAUGUACAUCAUUGCAGAAUGAAAAGCCAGAAAUAAUUCAGGCUCAUAUAGACAUGAACAAUUGAGUGCAACUACCGACUAAGCUUUGAAGCUUUGCAUUGCAAAAGUGACAAAUUAGAGUGCCUGGCUCUUUGCUCUCAGUCAAGGACUGAAUUUUCCAUACUUCUUUAUCUGUAAUCCCUGUUUAGUUGCAGCUUAAAGCCCUGAAGAUCAACUCAAUACAUGUUAUGUAUUCCACUGGUCAAAAUACGGCUUACAUACUUUUUGUGAAUAUCUACAAAUUUGUCAACAGAAAAUGAUUCAAGGAAAGACAGAUGAAGAAGAUGUAAAAAUAGCUGCCAGCAUAGAAAUUCAGCGAGUAUGGAGAGGUUAUUUUACAAGGUAAAAUGAUGGUCCUUACCAAGUACAUCUUUGAAAUGUUUUCUUUGUACAUCAUAGUAUAUACCAGGGUCAUGGCCAGGACUUUUUAAAGGAUGGGUCACUCUGUGUGAAACAAAGGGUACUCACCAGAUUGUCUUGUGAAUCCUCCAUGCCAUGUUUUACUGGAAAAAAGGUUUACAAAGGAUGGGGAAAGGGGAGUUGCAGGCACCCAAGAACCCCUUCUCCACCCUAUUAGCUACACCCUUGCAUACUGUGAGCCAAGGCUACAAAUCAAAAAAUUAUCUGGUGACAAACUUCCAGCUGUACCGAAAAAUGUAAUUAUGUCCCAUGAUUAUUUAUUCCAUGUUUUCUCGUAAAAUGAAGAUGUAAGCUGUUUGGAAUUCUCCAUCCAAAUGCAAGUGUGAUGUCCACAGCCCUUGGUAGUAGAUUUGUGCAGAGUCCAUCAAGGCUAAGUGAUGUAAGGACCGUUACUCCUAUGGUUCCACAUACCACACCACAGCCAUUGAGACUCUUCAAGGUGAGGCAGAGAUUGCCAACAAUGUGUAUUCUAAAAUGCCAUCAAGUUCUUGACUGUGCAAUGGCAAUCUGAAAGCAGUAACAACUGGAAAAAAAGAAAUUAUCAACUGAUUUUUACAGGUUAAGUGCAAUGUCAGUUAGUCUGUGAAAAUUAGUCCAUCACUUCUUACCUUGUCCACAGCUUAAAACAUGAUUUAUUAAUUUCUGUACCUGAAAAACUGCUUAUUACUCUAGUUAAGAAGAACUGGAGGGGUUGAACAUACUAUCCAAAAACAUCUGACUAGUAACCAACACCCAAUUCACACAGUAAAACAUGUUUAGUUAAAUUGGGUUUAACUGAACAAACAUCAGGAACAGAGAAGUGAAAAACUGAGUUUUCUGUAGGUUUUGAAUAAGUCACUAAACCUGCAUUUUCGAUGUGCCUGAUUUGGAGUUGACAAACGUUGGUUUUAGGAGCUUCUUUGAAGAAAAGAAUUUUAAAUGGUGUUUAACAAAUCAGCUUUUGUAAGACCAUGUUGAAGCUUUGGUGUGAACGGGGUUUCAGUUUGUUUAUUUUUGAUAAGAAGUAUUGCAGGGGGUGUUCCAUAGAGACUACCAGAAGUGAAGCUAAUGGUUCAAGAAGACCUUCCCUUUAAUCUAUUUCUUAUAACUAUUAUUGUAUUUAAAAUGAAUUUCGGAUUUACAAGGAAACUUGUUAAACAUGUUUUAGCAUGACUUGUGCCAUCAUCAAGUUAAUUUGUUACACAGUUGACUAAGUUGCUUAAUAUAUAUGUUACAGAUACAUUAGAACUUUAAGUUGAAUACAAUAUUUGAAAUUACAAUGGUCAAAACAAUAGCAUAUGCAAAUGUAACACUUGUAGAAUGUCUCCUUCAAUUUUAAUUGCUUAAAAUUCAAGAAGACAUUGUACAUUUGCUGCUUGCAAGCAGAGCUGAAUGCUCUGAUGUAACUUAACUGUGAUUGUUUGUUCACAUAGAUUUACUUGGUAAGUGUAAAAUUUGUAGGUUCUAUUGUUUACUUCAACCAUUUAUUUUAAAAUAAAUAAAUGAUAUUAAUUUCAAAUACAUGUAUUGUAUCUGAUCUAAACUUAUAACAUAUUUAUUUAUUUAUUUAUUUAUUUUUUAUUUAUUGCAAUUCAUGGCAUAUACAAUGUAUGAUAAAUAGUACUAUGAUGUAGAAGUAUCUGUAGAUCAUUCAAUAAAAGAGAUUACCACAAAGUGAUAUUUAAGGUAUCUCUGUCCAACACAAACAUAUGUAACAUCCAGAAAACAGGAGAGACAGAAAUAAUCAGAUCAAAGUACUCAUAACUCUAACAGAAAUUUCUUAGCUCUAGUCUUAAAUAUAAAUUUACAUGUAACAUGUGAAAACAAAGUCAUCAGUUCAACAAAUUUAACUGAUGAUGGCACGAGUCAUGCCAAAACAUGUCUUUUUAAGUUUUGUUGUGAAUCUGAAAUUUAUUUUGAAUUAAUAAUGUUGUUAUCAUGUAGCCAGGGAAGAAUUUUCAAUAGUAAUUUAAUAACUGAAACAUGCCUUGUCAAAUUUUCACAGGGUAACCAAAUUCCUACCAAUGCCUUGCCAAUCACAAAGAAAAAAUACAAGGAAUACUGUGAGAAAACAGUGGCACAACAAGGCCCAUUAUGUAGACUGAUGUCAUACACAGAAUUCUGUGCCACUCUCAUCCAAAGGUGGUGGCGUUUUAUAUUACUGAGACCAGUGUUUCCAAGACCACCCCCUCCUACCACAGAUGGAGGAUUAUCACCAACUGGAGGUGUCCAGCAACGGGCCAGUACUGCUGAUUCAGAAGUACCAGCAAGGAAAAAAGUUGUUGAUAGAGAAGAGGCAGCAAGGAUUAUCCAGAGAUCUUGGAGAAAGCACAUAGUGAGCAAAAUAAUAAAUUUGUUGAUUCUGAUAAAUAGUUGUAGUGAUAACCAUUACUUCCAAGGAUGAUGAUAAGAGGAAGGAGAACAUCUUGUGUCUGGAAGUGACAUGGGCAUUAAAAAUGUUUUUAGAGAUUGAGGAGUUUUAACUUUCAUAUUUUUGGAGGGAAAUGCUUAAAGAUUUUGGUGUUAUGGUCCUGUUGGUUUGAUUUAACUCUUUAACCCCCUAAGAGUGAUAAGUAUCCAAUUUCUCCCAAUAGUAUGACCCCUGGAUCAAACAUAAAGGUAAUGAGAAUAAAUGAAAUGAUUGCAAACUAAAAAACUCCUGCUCAUUAGAAAAAUUCUCUUUGUAAGUACAAUGAAAAAUGUCUAAAGAAGAGUAUGUAGAACUUGCUUACUAAUGGUACAUUAUAGAGAGAUAAAAAGAUUUCUUUUGAAUUGAGUAUAACUUGAUAAAAAUCAAAGACCUGCUUGUAGGGGAAAGAGUGAAUACUUGACUUGUUUCAGAGAUCUGAGCUGCCACUGUCUCUUGAAAGCUCCCUAAAAAACAAAGUUUUCACUAAAAGUUCCCUGGAAUCAAAAAUGAAGCUAGUUGCCUUGGGUAUCCAGGUGUGCCUCCAAGGAAAAUAAUGUAUUAAUAGAUUGCGUGAUACCUGACAAAGAACAAGUGGCAGUUUUAUUUGUAGGCUCUUAUCAGGCUCCAAGUUUUUUAGCUUUGGCCUAUGCCUUUUCCUAAAUUGUCUUCUUCAACUUAAUCCAUAGUACCUCUUAUUCUCUUGUAUAAAAUUUAUGUGUUUGCAAGGGCAAGUCAGUUUUCAUCAUUUUGUAACUUGAAGUAACAGUUAUGUUAUUAACAAAAUUUAACUGCUACAUAAACAUACCAAGACUUUGCAGAAUGUUUUCAUCAUUGACACCAUGGAGAAAUUAAUUGUCUGUAUAAUAAUUUGUGUUCAGGACAUCCAAGUAUACAGAUACUACAGAGAUCUGAUCAACUUCAAAUGUCGGGGAGACCCAUCUUCAAUGUUGAAAUGUAUUAACCCAAGAGAGGUAUGUUAGGUAAUCAUGGGUAAUAAUUAAGGAAACUGAGGAUGUUUACAAUUCUCUUCAAAUUACUCAACAAAUCAAAAUAACAAUCCAAAAAAAUCAACAAACCCACAAUUUAAAAGACCAUCAAUCAGAAAUUUCCAUGCUCUUUAAUCUCAUUACCUGAUCAUAAUGAUUCAUUUAUAAACAAUUUAAUAACUUAUGAAUUUCGUGGAAAAGGUUGUGGUUAUUCAUCGUGGUGAAUAACAAUAAAAGCUAAGUUUUUUGUUUGUCUCAUGAUGUAGUCAUGUGUGAUGUAGAUUGUGACGUUUCGACUGCUUACUGCUAUUCUUCUUCAGGUGAUGAUCACCUGAAGAAGCCCAGCAGUAUGCAGUCGAAACUCCUGAAUUGCCUAGGGGACCUCUUAAUAUUUAUAAGCCCUAGAGUUUUUUUGAGGCCUUCUCACCCCUUUUAUAAUUGAAAACUACUUUUUUGUAAAGUUUGUGGUGGUGAAUCAAACCUGAACUUAAACUUGAAUGUUCAGUCUCUAUCUUUUUCUCUUUAUAGGCUGAGCUUUUAGAUGCUGCAGCAGGGGUACACAUUAAGUUUAGGCUGGCAGGAGUAAGUGAUCAGUAAAGAUGUAUCAGUUUGACCAUUCCAACAUACUGUUAAAGCUGUCAUCCAUUUGUCAGCGUUAAGACAAUUUUCCUGUUGGACAAGCAUUUUUUUUUAAAUCACUUUCCCACUGGGAGAAGCUCCAAACUAGUUAGUCAUUAAUAUAAAUCCUGUCCACAAGGUGAAAUUUACAAAAUAAUAGAUUUUGUAUUUUUUCCCAGUCCUGUAUUUCAACUAGCUUGCUGAGUGUUUCUUAUUUUUUUUCCAGUCCUGUAUUUCAACCAGCUUGCUGAGUGUUCUAUUUUCACUGAGAACAGCAUUGUGUACUUUGAUCAAAUGAUUUUCUAAUGGAAUGAUGUUCUGUUAUUGGAAAGUGGCCAACAUUUAACCAGUUUUACAAAAUUAUUGUUCAAUACAAUUUUGAGACAGUGCCUUUUUUUUGAGCCAAGGGUUACUCAAACUCCUUCUGUGUUAUGUGUGUGUUCUUUUUAUUUCUUAGGAAAAGUUCCCUCCCAACAUAUACUACAAGAUUUUUACUCACCACAACAUAGUUGACAUGUGUGCUAAUGCACCAAGGGAUUACACUAAAGCCUCAACUAAGAGACUUCCAGUGAAUUUUGUGCACAACAAAGGGCAAACAAUGGAGGAAGGUGAGCAAUUUGGCCAAGUUUUAUGUUUUGGGGUCUUCAAUGUAGAUAGAAGAAAUUCAAAAUAAGGAAGGUUAAUUUAAUAUAGGUAAAUAAUCUUUUUUAAUUUGGUCGAAAUACACUAAGUUACUAAAGUUUAAUUUCAUGUCUUAGAGUACAGAGAAAAUCCUUAUAACUGGACUGGUUGUCAAAAAUCUAGUCCUAGACGGAACAUAGUUUAGAUUUAGUGAACUUUUUGGCCCCUUGCUACAUAUUGUACCUGCUCCUGUAAUAAUAUUAUGAAGGAGCUGUAAGCUGUUAUUUUUGCAGCUUGGGGGGGGGGGAGGGUUUGAAAGCUAUUUUGAAAAUUUUAAAGCACCUGUGAACAUAUCAAACAUUGAAGUUGAAGAUAGGGCUAAACAAAACCCUUGAUGGGAGAUAAAGACACAUUUUGAAUAAAAAAUGCUCUGAAGUUCUUUUAACUGAAAAUUGGCAUUUUGUGGUAGAUGAUAUGUCAGGCUGGUACCAGAGGUGGGAAAACAACGGCUGGAGGCUUGUCUCCGACAGAGUGAUGAAAAGAGUUGAUCAGGAUCCAGUUGUUUAUGAGUCAACGCUAAAAAAACAAAGUUUUAGUCAUAACAAGGUUAGUAUGCAUGGUGGCAAGUAAGGCUGAAAAUUGAGCCAGGUGUGGCAGGGUGGUAGACAGUUGUAGGCCCAGAAAUGUCAUCAGAAAUGUGGGGAUUGUACUGAGGUUAAAGUCAGUGGUUUGUUUCCUGUCUUCAAGAGUCACCCAAGAUGUUGAGGUGAAAUACUUAGUCGCUUGUUUCUUCACUUUCUGCAGGUUGCAAGGAAACAAGACCUUGAAAAGAAGCGCAAACGGAAAAAAGUAGAAUGGAUGAAAAAGAUGUAAGACAGUGCAUUUUACUUAGUGGAAAAGCUUACUGUCAGUGAUUAUUGUACUUACCAUUUAUUUAUUUUCAAGUUUAUAUGUGAACUGCUAUUGUUAGGGUACUCCAGAGCUAAUGGUUGAGAUUUGACUCUUUCCACAUACAUUGUAGCAUUUGUAGGGCGGUUUUUAGGGAAGGGGUGCGAGGGGUGUGCGAGAGUUUAUUUCAGGGGCCUGGCUCUUGUCCGCAAUAGCGAGGUGUCCGCAGGGCAAGAGUCCACUGUACACUGUACAGUCCGUGCUUUGUAUUCUCGGGAGUUCGCUUUAUAUUAUGGUCUGUUCAAAAGCCUUCCUCUUCAUUAUUUGCUUGUAAAUUUAUUUACUUCACCCAAUAGUUCUAUCAUUCCUUAGUGGUGCACCCUUCCCUAAGAAAAAUUCAGGAUCCUCUCCUCUAUAAGAAGAGACAACCACUUUCACAUGUUCAUGUUGCGUCAUUACUCAGGUACAGAGAGGGAAUGUUGAAGACACAGCGUGGAAAUGACUUAGAGACUGAACAAGUUGUACAAUCAGUGGCUGAAGGAAUGCUAACAAUCACAGACAUGCGAGGGCAGGAUGCUGUGGAAGAUUGGGAAGUGGAUGAACUCCUGGAGUGGACCAACGGACUUAACUUUGACCAGUAAGUUUAUGACAUCUAUUUCUCCGUAUAGUGGUGAACAUAACACAUCUUUGUAGUAUGAGCAAUUUUGAUCCUUGAGGUAUGGUAGGGUAUCUGCUUAUGUCUGUGUUUAUUUCUCCUAAGAUAUUUGUAUGACUGGAAAGAGAUUGCCACAAGUGCAGGCUCAGAAUAUUUAACAGGUCAGUAACAAAAUAUUAAAUGGUAAUUAUUUUUAUUUCGCUCUGUGAUAAUCACUCACUAUAGAGCAAUUUUCGAAUGAGCGUCAAAGGUAAUCCGGGGUUGCUUUGGUUUUGCUUCACCAACAAACUUACAAGAAACUAACUCGAGGGAAAACAAUGGGUUAUUCAAAACGUGAUUAGUAAAGGAGGUGACGGAAAAACAAUGCAAGAUUUCUUUGAAUAGAAUGAAAAUGUCAUUGACGUGAUUCGUGAAAAACGUGAUUAAUAAAAGUUUUUAAAAUUUGUCUGUUUUAAUUUGUCUGUUUUGUCUUUUCCUAUUUUGCAGAGCAAACCAAGUUCUUGCCGGAUGAUCCCUUCUCACUGACGCUACUCUCUAGAUGACAAAACAUUUCACUGUGGCUUUUUAUUUAUUGUGAAAGAUUAUGAGAUCGCGUUUGUGAUAGUGAAAAUUGUAUAUAGUUUGUAUUUCUGUAAGUAUAGUUCAUAAAAUGUAAGUAUUUAUGCGAG